AUGGCUGGCCGUGCCCUCAUCGCGGAUGAGGAGUCCACACUUGACCCCCCGACGAUCCUCCGCUGCAUCGAGGUUAUCGACCAGCGAGCGGAGGGGCUGAAAGCGAAGGGCAUGAGCUCCGCCUCGUUCUUCUUUGGGGUGACAAACGUCCUGAUUGUCACCUGGUGUUUCGGCGUCAUGCCGCAGCACUUUUGGAUCGUGUACAUCUUCGAGACGCUGAUCUUGUUCCCCAUCAGGUGGAAGAACGCGGCCGCGGCCAAGCCACUGUCGGAGGUCCUCUACUGGUUGGACUUCUGCUGGUUCUGCAACUUUUCUAUGAAUAUCGUCCUGAUCAUAUAUGUCAUAGACGCGUACUUCAACUUUCCCUGCAUGAGCUUCCUGAUGGCGUUGGAUGCGAUUCAUGUGCGAAAGUUCCUCUUCUGCAUGUUCUUCGGUAUUCAAGGGCCCUUGCUCGGUGCGGUUGGUGCGCUGGGGAAUGCCUUGGUGUUCCACGAUGCAAAUAACACAGUGAGCGUUUUCAUCCACCUCUGCCCAUCCCUACUCGCCUACACCUUGCGCUGGCACAGGGAGGAAGUGCUGGCAGCAUGGCCUGGUCUCUUUGAGCUCGACUACUUCAAGGAGGUCAGCCCGUGGGUCGAUGUGUACCGCAACGCAGCCAUCGCCUACGUGAUCUGGUGGGUGCUGUAUAGCGUCUGGCUGCAGUUCUCGAUGGACAUGCCGAGCAAGGGAUACGACACAGUGUUCCACCUCAUGAUGCGUGGACCCAAUCCCGUCGGGCCCUUGCUGUCGUGGUCCCCAGAGGAGUCAUCCCAGAGAGCGGCCAGAAACGACUUCACCCGCGGGAGCGCGGUUCUCUACAUGGUCUUCCACAGCAUGGCUGUGUUGCCUGCCAUUCUGUUGUCCGUGCUCUGCUGGCUGAGCCAAGCCUUUCAUGCUUUCUUCUGCCUCGCCAUGACCUUGGCGGCAAUCUACAAGGGGUCCAAGCGCUACGCCUACUUCAUCUUGGAGAGCUACUUGGGAGAGAUGCGGCGCGAGUUUGCGGCCUUCGUGAAGCCCGCCUCUGCUUUGCCAUAA